UGUACCAGGGUUGGGUCUCUGAAGUUCUUUGAAAGCAAGGCACCUGUUCUUGAUGUGCCCCAGUUAGGCGUCCUUUGGGGACAGGUUCCAGAAAGAAAAGACCAAGAUACAGAAAUGCCCCUUCUGCAACGCCCAACGCAAAGACUUCUUCUCACGCUACGUGUCCAGGUAUGCGGCAGAAUAAAGCUGAUGACACCCUACACGAAUGGCAGCAUCUUGGUUCGUUAUCGAGAUGGUCACAUGGAGGUCCUGAGUCCAGACGGUAGUUGCUUCAGAAUCCGUGGCCGUUCAACCAACAUCUCGGCCAGAGACAUGGCUGCACUGUCCGAUGGCCGGUUCGUCACUUUGACCAAAAGGAACACGGUGAAGAUCUACGGGAAAGGAGGUGAAAGCCAACAGGUCGAGUUUGCGACGAGGGAAGACGACGACGAAUCCGCAGAUGCUAUCGCUACGGAUAUCCACGACAAUGUCUUGCUGCUGUACUCAGGAGUCGCAAGGGUCGUGAGGUUUUCUUCAGAUGGAGGGGAACCUAUGGAUGUCAUCCCCAUCAACUGCGUCGAAUUCAACGUGGUGUUGAGGAUGAGAUCGACAACGAGAGGAAAGAUCGUCAUAGUGCAGAACGAUGGAUUCCUGAUAGCCUGCUCCAAUGAAGGCGGUAUGUAUCGGAAGAUACCUAUCCGAGAGACUGAUAAAGUAUCCUGCGAUCAAGAAGGCAACAUGUGGAUGAUAUCUCAUCAGGACAUCCAGGGUACCAAAAGGGCUUUCCUCGAGGUGUAUGGGGAGAAUGGUGAUCGCAUUGUGGAUACUUACCUGCCGAAUGACUCCGCGGCUCCAGAGUUUGAGCCUUGGGGUAUUGCUGCAUCAACAAACUGCUUUGCUGCUGUCCUAUCACCGAACGAAGUUGGCUGGUUCAUCCGCGAAAUGUAA